AUGCGUCCCGAUGAGUCAUGCGUACUGCAGUUGUGCCAUGCAGGGAGCAUCACCUGCACCAAUUCGCUAAUUGGUACCGCGGCUUCGAACGACGCCUUGUCCCAUAUUCCUCGCGAACCCAGUACAGACAUGUUGGCCGCGCUGCCAUUUUGUCUACUCCUUACCGUGGGCCAUGUUCAAGGCUUCUGUGGUGACAACAUUCGGUGGUCUCACAACUUCAACAUAGAGGAUGCAUACGGCAUGUGGUACGGCGUCGGGUACGCCCAGCACACCCCCGACUUGACGAACAAGCCGAACACCGUGGGCUGCGUCACGCUUCACAUAACUGACGUCACUACUGAACCUCAGGAUGAUUGGCUUGAUUGGUCUAUCCAAAAACACAAUUAUUCAGAUGAAAAUUGGCGGUCCUACAAGAGCAACCCAUGGUCGGAAGACGUUCUGUCUGGCUCCUGGCUGGACAUCCGAGUAAAGAGGAAAGCGAAGAGGGACAUAUACAACGAGAGGCGGCUGCGAGUGGUGUGGGAUGAGGAUGGACAGUCCGUGGAGCAAGUCUACCUGUACACUCCAGAGGCGCCUGGGCUGUGGACCGCCGACCAGCGCAGGCCUUUGGAGAGAGAAAUGUUGUCCAAAGGAAUUGAUGUUUGGAACCCCGACGAACCCCCAAGGCAUCCACAGGUGAUACGAAUAUUGAAGGUUAAGCAAAAUUUCAUGAUCAUCAACCACUGUUCCGAGAUCAGUGGGGCUGUGUUCUCGCUGAUCCUCCGAAGGUCGCCCUCAAGGGUCGACAGGUGGGAGUGGUUUGACUACAAGAGGCAGUUCUUUAACUUCGAGCUACCUAAUGUGUAUCGAUAUUCCGCAGUGUGUGCAGGCUGCAUUGAAACCAGCUCAGUCAUUUUUGUUUUAAUGUGUGCGGCUGUUUUUGUACUUUUAUGAGGUCCUCAUGUAUUAUUUAGUUGCAAUAAAAUAAAUGUUUAAAACAA